CACCAUAUAUGUCACUUUCAAUUGGGUAUAUAUAGAGUUGCGUAUAUGUUUUUUUUUUUUUUUGGUUGAGGCUUUUUAUCGAACAGUGUACGUGCAAUCCUGUUCUUCUCAGCUUUAGUAUGUGAUCAUGCUACUACUUCAUCAUGGAGAAUAAAGUCGUAUUCUCUUUCGCUUUCGAUCCCUUUAGCUUUUCGUUAUUCUUCAACUCUCAACUCAACGAUGGCUAUUUAUGUUUCUCAUUUGGUUUGAUCAUUGUUUGAUUCUAUUUCUUGUUGUAUGCAUCUGUUCUUCUUGAUUGUGCGCACAUUAGAAAAAAAAAAUUAGACGAUCGAAUCAUGUCGAACGGAGAGGAACAUGUGACCGAAGGAUCAAACAGGCAGAAAUAUGAAGAAGAAGGUGAAGAUGUAACUGAUGAUCAGAAAAGUAUUGUGGCAUAUAACAGUAACAGAAAUGGAUAUUGGGUCAACUUCAAUAGUCAACAGUCAACAGAAGUCAAACCCCAGGAUGCAGAUUACUCUAGUGACAUUCCCUCACUCAACUAUGAGUUAGAGAAUUUAAUCUUAGCUAGAUUUCCCAGAUCAGAAUAUUGGAAAUUAUCAUCUGUCAAUAAGCGGUUUUCGAGGUUAGUGAAAACCGGAGAGCUUUUCAAGAUCAGACGGGACAUCAAGUUCAACGAGCCGUCGGUUUUCAUGCUCGCGAGUGGUGAAAACUGCUGGUGGGCUUUUGAUCAAGGGUUCGGUUCGUUUAGAAGACUCCCGGUUCUUCCUUCCGAUAUUUGCUUCACCUCGGGUGACAAAGAGUCGGUAUGUGCCGGGACCCAUUUACUCGUGUCGGGUCGGGAAAUCGAAGGGUUAAUGAUUUGGCGUUACGAACUAGCAGUGAAUAAAUGGUACAAAGGCCCACCAAUGAUCUACCCAAGAUGCUUGUUUGCAUCUGCCACUUGUGGGACCAAUGCUUACGUGGCGGGUGGGAUCGCGGUGGCUGGUGGGACCCAGUCCGUGCACAACACGGUUGAGAAGUAUGACCCGGAAACCCGGUCGUGGACCCCACUUCCAAGAAUGACAAAGCCACGUAAGCUAUGUUCCGGGUGUUACAUGGACAACAUGUUUUAUGUGAUCGGAGGGAGAAAUGACGAUGGGGUAUUGACGUGUGGCGAGUUUUAUGACCCCGAAACGAACCAAUGGAAUUUGAUCCCGGAGAUGUUCACAGACAAUCCGGUCCUCAACGCUCAUUCCCCUCCGUUAAUCGCGGUGGUUAACAACGAGCUUUAUUCAAUCGAAGCGUCUUCGAAUAUGUUAAAAGUUUACUUGAAGAAAAGCAACAGUUGGAAGCAGAUGGGUUUGGUUCCUGUGAGGGCGGAUUACAACCGCGGUUGGGGAGUGGCGUUUAAGUCAUUUGGCAAUAAGUUGGUUGUAAUCGGGGCGUCAACAGUGUUAACGUCGAGAAGCUCGAUGGCUAUUUAUACGUGUAGUCCGGACCCGGAAUCGGAUUACUGGCCCGAAUGGGAAUUGCUUGACAAUGGGAGGAUUCAGCUGAGUCAUUUCAUUAUGAAUUGUUGUGUGAUGGUAGCUUGAGAAGAUGUGUGAUAAAUAAGUUUGUCAUUUGGCUUUUUAGAGUCAACAUGAUUGUAUUUUAGUGUAAAGAAGUAAUCAGUUUCCCUGGCUACUUACCUUUCCUUGCAUAAGUAGUACUUUACUACUUAUGGUAUAAUUCAUGUUGUAGUUCUUGUUUGGGGUGAAAUUGAAAGCCUGUUUGAAGAAA